AUGCCGGCAUUGAAGUUUGUGAGAUCCGUCUGGGAAUCUUUCCGAGCCAACUCCGGCCUGGAGCCAAGACUAUUAGAUGGUCUACGAGUAACCUCGGCAGUCCCAGGACGUGUCAAGUUUGAGCUGGACAUCCAGAAAGAGCAUACAAACAGACUUAACAUCCUUCACGGCGGUACGAUAGCCAGCAUGGUCGAUCUCGGUGGCUCCCUAGCAGUAGCCUCACGUGGUCUCUUCGCAACAGGCGUUUCCACUGACUUGAACGUGACCUACCUCUCUUCAGGCGGCAAGAUUGGGGAUUUGAUCAAAGCCGAAGUGACAUGUGAUAAAUUCGGCAAAACUCUAGCUUUCACAUCCAUCGCCUUCAGUAACAACAAAGGCGAAGUCUUCGCACGAGGAAGUCACACCAAAUACGUUGCGUUGGCUUGGAAGGACCCUAACAACAUCGUCGAGGAACUUUCACCAAAACCAGAGAAGAAGGACUAG